GGAGGAUCCCAGCGCGGCCGCAGCACCUGGAGCCUGGAGCCGGGACCACGGACCCCUCCCCGCCUCGGGGGCUCCGGCAGGACGUCUGACGGCAGCUCUUAAAAUCAAUGACAGCUCUGACAGGGGGCUAAGCUCCACCCCCUCCCAUUUGCCUUCUGUCGAAGACUGUCAGGAUGUUCUGGAGGUGAAGGCUCAACGUUACACCACCUGAGGCCAAGUUGUCUCUGGGACUUCACUGCCCACCUCGAGGAUGCGGAGGAGCCAAUGAGAUGGACCCUGUGUAACCAGCCUCGACUGGGGAGUAAAGGGCCCACCUUCAGAAUGACUUCUAACUGCGAGAGAGAUUUGUCAUUCCUUUAAGCACGUUGCUCCUUCCACGAGGAAUCGAUGGGAACAGAAGUUAAAAGGAGUCUAGCCAGAGAUCUCGGAAUUAUUGAUGCCUCUUCUCCCAUAAGCAGCGCUCAAUGUCCACAUCCUUUCUCUUCGGAGGGGGUGCAAUAGGACCAGCGGUGGGGUUUCAUUUCCCCGAGUCCUUGUCAUCCUUCCAGCUCUGACAAGAUCAUGAGAAGGGCCUUGGUUGGCCUGUCCCACAGCAACAAGGAUUCCCAGGUCCGCAGGAUAACCGGGGGCUCCUGACUCCUCAUUGCAAAUCCCCCCGCCCUCUCUCUGGGAUCGCAAGGCGAACGUGAACUCUGAAGGAGAAAAGUGUGGAUGACUUCCUGCCCAGUCACGUCGGGGUUGGGGGUGGAAGAUUUUGGAUUUCGUUCACCAGUGUGUGGUUCUGUCUGGUUUGUCCAAGGUGUCGCAUGGGUUGUACAUGAGCUCAGAUCGUACAAGGUGGCUCCUUGCCCAAGUGGAAGAUCACAGACUUACCAGCUGAGGAUCAAGGGUUGAAAUUAGGUCCACCUCUCAGUCAAGACCAUUUGAAGGAAGGCCCAGAGCAGACAACUUGUCGGAUCCAAGGAGGCCUCCAGCUGACUUUCCACCGAGACUCUUUCCCUGACCUGGCCUGCCUCUACCUGUCGCAAAGUUACCGCCGUCUCUCCGCCCUCACCACUCGUGCGCCUGUCGCAAAGGCGAUGCUGUGGCGAGAUGUCGGGCGAUGGGGAGGAAGAGCUGUGCCGGAACGCGCUGGCGCUAGUCAAUGAACUGUGCUUCAGUGUCAGGGGCAACCACAACAACGAGAAGUGCAUUGAGUUCUCCUACCUCCUCCGCGAUCGAGACCGCACGCGUCACAUCGAGACAGAUAUCUCGGUCAGCCUGCUCUCCGUGAUCGUCACCUUCUGUGGCAUUGUGCUCCUUGGGGUCUCGCUCUUUGUCUCUUGGAAGCUGUGCUGGAUCCCAUGGCGAGACAGGGGCCUGAACCCACAACGCAGGGACUUGCACCACCACCCGCAUCACCACCUCCAGCACCACCACUCACACUUCACUGACCUGGCUGUCGAGAGGGUCGAUUGCGGGCCCGAGAUGCCCGAGAGGUCUUACCUCGACCUGGAGUCCUACCCGGAGUCUGGCAUUAAGCUGAGCCAGACCUCCCCUGAUAUCCCAGUGGACAACAGCUCAGGGACUAAGGAGAACUGCAUCCCAAAUGCACACUCCCAGCAACAGGUCUCUGCCCCACCACCAGCAACAAGGUUUAAUUCGCUCCCGAGACCAAUCCCACAGCAGUUAAGCAGCCCGGAUUUUGGAACUCAGGCUGAUGAGAAGGUGGAGCAAGUGACCAGCAUCGGGCAGAUCAAGCCCGAGCUGUACAAGCAGCGGUCAAUCGACGCGGAGGCAAAGAAACACCAGAAGGUCAACUGUGGCCGGAUAAACUUCCUGUUGCGAUACACCUACACAACCGAGCAGCUGGUGGUCAAGAUCCUGAAGGCCCUCGACCUCCCUGCCAAGGACGCCAAUGGAUUCUCCGACCCGUAUGUGAAGAUCUACCUGCUGCCUGACCGCAAGAAGAAGUUCCAGACCAAGGUCCAUCGCAAGACGCUGAACCCAAUCUUCAACGAGACCUUUCAGUUCAACGUGCCCUUUAACGAGCUCCAGAACCGUAAGCUGCACUUCAGCAUCUAUGACUUUGACCGCUUCUCUCGGCACGACCUCAUCGGGCAGGUGGUGCUGGACAACCUGUUGGAGUUCUCCGACCUCUCUGAGGACACGACCAUGUGGAGAGACAUCCUGGAAGGCACCUCGGAAAAGGCUGACCUGGGUGAGAUCAACUUCUCGCUGUGCUACCUCCCAACAGCUGGGAGACUCACCAUCACCAUCAUCAAAGCCACCAAUCUUAAGGCAAUGGAUUUAACCGGAUUCUCAGACCCCUACGUGAAGGCCUCACUGAUUUGUGAAGGGCGGCGGCUGAAGAAGCGGAGGACCUCGAUAAAGAAGAACACACUGAAUCCGGUGUACAACGAGGCACUGGUCUUCGACAUUCCCAACGAGAACAUGGAUCACGUGAACGUCAUCAUCGCAGUCAUGGACUAUGAUUGCAUCGGACACAACGAGGUGAUCGGAAUGUGUCGUGUCGGGAACGCCACUGAUGGCCCAGGUCGGGAGCACUGGAAUGAAAUGCUGGCAAAUCCACGCAAGCCCAUUGAGCAAUGGCACCAACUGAUUGAGGAAAAGGUGAUGAACAGUUACAUGUCCAAGAGUUACGCCACUGGCACAGGUGCCACCAAGCCAGUGAGCAUCGUGGUGGAGAGUCCUCACUCAGACUGAGAAUCCCACUCCACGUUGUAGAAUGGCCAUGAGAAGACAACAGUGCUAUUUUUCUUUUCUUCAGUUUGUCAAUUCUUCACCACAAAAGAGAGAGCGAGAGAGAAUGGGAAGAAAGGGGAAGAGGGAUUGAACCGCUUCCCCCACCAGCCUGAUGAGAAACCGACGGCUUGGUCGAGCGAGCAAGAGGGAGGUGGACAUUGAGGGCAAGACUCGCAGGUUGACCCACGGUUCAUGUCACUUGCGUCCGCGCAUUUGAGGGGAGCCUCGGUCUGAGAUAAGGCCCUUCCACUAAUGACUCACGAGAGGCACUUUAGCCAGAGCCAAGGGGAAGGUUUAAAGAGAAACGUCAAGGGAAGCGAUUCUUGGCAGCAAAAAGAAAUUUCAUUUCAAAAGCAUGUUUCACCAUGUUGUGGAUGUGUGCCUAGGAUGCAUCAUAUGUCAGUGGGAAACUAUCACUGUAUCCUGAUCCCCUUUCCCUUACUCCCACUGAGCCAACUUCUCCUGAAAAUUCCCACUUGCUGGAGAUGGCCCCUGGAUUUGAUUUCCCAAAUCCAAUUUCAGAAGAACUUUUUUUGAGUGUUUCAAAUGCCUCAAGACUUGUCAGACUGUCUGUUAUGCCAGGUUUCAGACCUGGAGGUGGGAGGAAUUGGGAGGGAUGCAAGG